AUGUUGGCAACAGCAAAAGCCGAGUUGUUGCGCCCCGAGAAUUAUAACGAAUACUCCCACUUCCACACUCGCCAUACUCCAAGUUCUUCAUCACAAUUAUGGAAUGCUUCUAGUCGUGGGAGCCACUUAGCUUCUUCUAUCACCCCCGAAUCCGAUACCACUUCCGGUCUCGAUAACCUGUCUACUUUGAAAAACAGUUUGCCGAGACACAGAAGUGACUCGACCGGACACGUCGACCCGAGAAUAGCACACAAGGUAUCUUCGUCUGACCCUACGUUGAACCCGGGAUAUAUUAGCCCGAUUCCUUCUUAUGCUCUUUCAACUUCCGAACCCAUACCAAGGGGUUAUGUGGCGCAUGCUCGCGAUGCUUGUGUCGACGUCGACUACCACUGGGACUCUAGUAGAGACAACAUUGGCUGGGGAAAUGGAGGUUCUCUGCCUGAAGAGUGGGCGGAAAUGCAUCAGAGAUUCAGGAAGGGCCUGAAGCGAUUAGUCGAAUGGUACAGCACAACGAAAAAUCCCGCAGAAAUAGUGACCAAAACUUCGAGCCCGAAACCCCCUAAAUUUUCGCAAAAGGAGAGCGAUACCGACAGUCUAUCUACUGAAGAUGGUGAAGACGUUGAAGUAGAAAAUGUCGUGAUUCUUGUUUCGCAUGGCGCCGGUUGCAAUGCUCUUAUAGGUGCCAUCACGCAGCAGCCAGUCCUUAUCGAUGUUGGAAUGUCAUCUAUCACGGUGGCGCAACGGAAGCCAGAUCUUGACGACGAUAUUGGUACUCGUAUUUAUGGAGAGCCUGCUUCUUCACUCGAAGAGCCUCUAUUAGCCAAGCAGGCCUCAUUAUCCGAUAUAUUCGAAUUGAGAUUGUUCGCCAACACAGAACAUCUUUCAUCAAUUACUCCACCUGGUAUCAGUCGUUCUCUUUCAGCCGCAAGCCAGAACGGGCGUGGUCGAAAUACUAAUGGGUUUCCUUCUGCACUAAAAGAAGUCAGCCUUAGUACCUCGUUAUAUGGAAGCCAGGCACCUCUGAGUCGUAGUAACUCAGUAAAUGCCUCGCUCGGUAGCAUGCGAAGGGGGUCGCCUGUACCAGCGAUAGCAGUUCGACAACAUUUACCUAAUACAACGGGCGCCGGAAGCAUAACCGUUGGUAGUAACAUCUCCAGCGUCUCUUCUACCCGACAAGACCGCAUAGGUUCAGUGGGGUUAUGGGAACCAUCAAACCAGGGUGAUGCUUUAUCAGAGAAACAAGCGGAGACGCCACCCGUACCGAAUAUUGACCACCAGGCCGAAGUGACAAAGAAAAAUGAGGAUGUUCCCACGAGUAUACAAGAGGAUAACUCCCAACCCGAUGACGUCGGACCUCCAACUUCAAUAAAGAAAACCGUCUCAAAAACGGAAUCCGAAUCAUCGCAUGGUGAAGGGUAUGACCAAUUCGAUGAAGAUCUUGCACCGCGCCUCUGGGCCGGAGCUAGCAGCGGCGGCCUAUGGGGUGCGCCUCGACCUCCGGGAGAGGCCGAAACAAUUCGGGAUAUCACCUCAACGAAACGAAGGUGGACCGUCAACGAGCAGUAA